AAACCCCCAAGAGGCAGCGAAGCGAAAGUUCGAUUCCGAGAAAGAGAAAGAGAAAGAGAAAGUGAGAGAAAAUGACGAAGAAAGCUCCCAAGUCAGGGCCUUUGUCUCCGUCGUGCAGCGGAGGCUCUAGUCGGAACUUAGAGGUGGCUGUGAAGUCGAGUGAAGGUGCAAGGAGGUCUACAAGACUGAGGCUUCAGCCUUUGAGAAAGCCAAAGACAAGCCCGAAGAAGAAACCCGUUAAAGUCCGUUCGAAGAUGCCCAAGAAACCUCCCACUGCUUUCUUCUUUUUCUUGGAGGAUUUCCGGAAGCAAUAUCAAGAGGAGAAUCCGGAGGUCAAGUCCAUGCGCGAGAUUGGGAAGACAUGUGGAGAGAAAUGGAAAACAAUGACAUACGAGGAAAAGGUAAAGUAUUAUGAUAUAGCCACUGAGAAGAGGGAAGAAUUUCACCGAGCAAUGACAGAAUAUACCAAGAGAAUGGAAUCAGGUGGAUACGAUGAAUCAGAGACCGACUCAGAAUAUUCUGAAUAGAUUACAUUUUAGUUUUACCACAUUAGAAACAUUGUUCUAAGCCUUCUAGGAUGGGUUUGUAUAUUGGUGAAAUUUAGAAGUUUAUGUUUCGUUUUUGAGAUCAUUCUUUCCCUGGUACUCAUGCUUCUGUGGAUUGCUUUUGGAGAAUGAAUACUAACCAGUUUC